AUGACAAAAAAAAAAAAAAAAAAAGGAGGAGAAAGUGGGGGAGAGAGAGAGAGAGAGAGAGAGAGAGAGAGAGAGAGAGAGAGAGAGAGAGAGAGAGAGAGAGAGAGAGAGAAAGGAAGGGACCUGACACCACCUCCAUCAACCAAACAACGAUGGACACAAAGCACCGAGGAUGCAAGGCAAUGGGGGCGAGAAAGAAGAGAGAAAAAUGUGACCGACAUACUUGGGUAUGGCAUGAACGGAGCUCGUGAUUGUUCAAAAAAGAAGAAGAAGAAGAAGAAGAAGAAGAAGAAGAAGAAAAGAAGAAGAAGAAGAAGAAGAAGAAGAAGAAGAAGAAGAAGAAGAAGAAGAAGAAGAAGAAGAAGAAGAAGAAGAAGAAGAAGAAGAAGAAGAAGAAGAAGAAGAAGAAGAAGGAGAAGAAGAAGAAGAAGGGGAGUACGAGCCUCUGCAAUUUAUACCCCCAGCGUCUAA